AUCAUGGAGGAAGGCGAUGUAAACAUUCCUAGACAACAAGGGUGAAAAUGAUAUUUCUGGCUCGCGUAUAGCUUAACUAGGACAAGUAUUUUGUGAUUUCGGGAGAUGACAGCAACUGCUCGAAGAUGGUGAAGCAAACAAUCCAGAUUUUUGGUCGAAUAAAGCCGACAAAAGCUAAAACCGGGCGUUAUGACGUUGAUGAUGAUGAUGAAGGAUGUCCAAGACUGACGGUUACUGUACCCAAGGAAUUAGCAGAGGGUUUCAUCAACAACAAGAGGGAACAUUAUAAGUUUCGUUUUGAGCGGGUUUUCGAUCAGAAGACUACACAAGAUGAAGUUUUUGAACAUGUGGCCAAACCAGUUAUUGACAAUGUGUUACAAGGCUACAAUGGCACAAUAUUUGCGUACGGACAGACUGGCAGUGGUAAGACUUUCACCAUCACAGGAGGGGCAGAGAGGUACAUUGACAGGGGCAUCAUCCCCAGAACUCUCUCAUACAUCUAUGAUAAAAUUGAGAAGAGCCCGGAGCUGUCUUUCACAGUACAUGUGUCCUACCUGGAGAUCUACAACGAGAGCCGCUUUGAUCUCCUCGACCCAAAACAUGAGGCAGCAAAACUGGAAGAUCUGCCGAAGGUGUCCCUGAUGGAAGACUCGGACCAGAACAUCCACCUGAAGAACCUGUCUGUGCACCAGGCUGCCAGUGAGGAGGAUGCUCUCAACCUGCUGUUUCUGGGGGACACCAACCGGAUGAUAGCAGAGACCCCCAUGAACCAGGCAUCUACACGGUCUCACUGUAUCUUCACAAUACACCUCACAGCACGGGAAGCAGGCUCCGCAACUAUCCGCAGGGCCAAGCUGCAUCUGGUGGAUCUGGCCGGAUCUGAGCGAGUGUCCAAGACAGGGGUGAAUGGCGUUCUGUUGACUGAAGCCAAAUACAUCAACUUGUCUCUCCACUUCCUGGAGCAGGUGAUCAUCUCCUUGUCAGAGAAGGGUCGCGUCCACAUCCCCUAUCGCAACUCCAUGAUGACGUCAGUGCUGCGAGACAGCCGGGGAAACUGUAUGACCACAAUGAUUGCUACAUGCUCAGUUGACAAGAAAAAUAUUGAUGAGACAAUCUCGACUUGUCGGUUUGCCCAGCGGGUGGCGAUGAUCAAGAACGAUGUGAUGCUAAACGAGGAGCUGGACCCCAAGUUGAUGAUCCAGAAGCUGAAGAGAGAGAUCCAGCAGCUGAAAGAGGAGCUAGCACUGGCCACUGGUCAGCAGCGGACUGACCAACUCACUGAGGAGGAGCUCCAAAGAUGUGAGGAGGCUGUCAAUGCCUACCUCGAGGACACCGACCCGGACUCCAUUAUUAGUGUCGGUGCCGACAUGCGGAAGAUCCACACCUGCUUCAAUCUUCUCAGGAAACUGGUGUUGGAGAGACCAGCCACCAGCCCUGUAAGGGAGACAACUCCAGUUGACACUGGGCCGCAUUACAACAGCAGGAAACCCAACAUCUUGGUAAACAUGCUCAAGAAGGAGAAGAAGAGAGCUGCCGAUGCCAUCUCCCUCUCGGAAUCACACCGAGGGUCCAACCUGGCUGCAACCAGGGGAAACAGGAUGACAAACGGGGAUGAUGGUCAGAAUGGUUACCAUUCCCACAACUACUCCAGUCAUAGUGCCACAGACAAUCGGUACAGUGAAGGUGAAGGUCAGAGAGACACGAGAUCCUCUGGGAAAGCUAGUGCUCGGGCAGAGAUGGCGGAAAGGACCAAGACAAAGAUCUUGGGGCGCAUGUCCAUGGGCCGACAGGAGGCGUUUGACAUCUUCAUGAGAGACUACGAGCAGAACCAGAAGAUUGACGAGAACAAGAGGAUACUCAAGCAGAGAUAUGCGGAGGCCAAAGUAUAUGGAGAAAAUCUCAAUAAAGCCAAAACUAGAAUCAAUUUGUCCAAGAGUAAGAUUGAGCAGCAUCGGAUGCAGCUGGCGAUGCAAGGCCUCGCUGACCCCGACAACCCAGACCCCGACGAGGUCGAGUGAGUACCGUUCAUACAACAGAGCCUCAGGGAUCAGAUGGAAGGUGACAAAGCCGAGUAUAAGGAGACAUUCACACACCUUCGGACGAUGAAGACGGAGAUCGAGCACCUGCAGCAUCUCCUAGAGAAGGCCAAGGUCAAGCUGAUGAAGGACUUCGAACUCUGGUGGGCAGAACAGUCUGCUAAUACCCAGGACCAGUCCGUCCCUCAGUCUGUCCGGGGGAGUGUGAAGUCUGCUUGGCGCACCCCACCCCUCACCCCCCUCCAGCACAAUCAGCGGAACUACACCCAGGAGGUCAUCAGUCCCGUCCACUCUGAAACCUCCCUACCUCGACCCCCAGUUCCAGCCGAGGGAGGAGGACAGUGGCAGGGAACAUCUCCGCAUCGAAUUUCCCCCCUGCCCAUGGGGAGGAGUCUAGCGGAUACACGUCACAGGGGUCGGUCAGCUCCAAUCAUGGCCACAAAUCAAAGUGAGUGGUCUGCACAGCACAUGAGCAACAUACUGCUAACUGGUGACUCUCAGGCAGAUGCAGAUAUCAUGGCAUUUAUCAAAGCCAGACAAAAUUUGGUCCAAAAAGUAAACCAGGGAAACAGAUGA